AGCGCUCCCACACUGUGUAUUUAUUUAGUUUAAGUGUGGUUGUACAUGUUGGGUGUUCGUGUACGGCUUUCUAUGAAGUCUUUUGUAACUAAUUUAUUUUAAACUAGAGCCUGUUUUAUAUUGCACUUAUACGGUCGAGGAAUUUACUUUAAAGGGCCAAUAUGGUUGCUACAAGCACAUUAAAGAAAAACCCCGAACGCAUCUCGGAAUAUAUUGACCGAGGAGGAUACGACCAGUCUUGCAUCGAUAACGAGCUGGACUUCUGGGAGCGAUGCCUGGCUGAGCCGUACCUCAGUGUGGAGGUGUGUGAGGAGCGGGCCUGUCAGCAGCUGGCACGGCUGCUGGAGGGCUGCCUGGCACGGGCUAAGGCUAGUACGCUGCGAUGCGCUCAGGUGCUGGUACCAGAGACGCUGACGCAGCGGGUGGCGAGAGACGUGCUGCGGCUGGCAUCGGGCGAGCCAUGCGGGCUCCGCGGCUGUGUGCUGGACGUGCGUCUGGAGAUGGAGGAGCAGCAUCAGCGGCGGUGCGAGAGGCUGGAGCGCUUGGUGUGUGACACAAGUGUUGUGCCCACCUUUGAACUGACGCUGGUCUUCAAACAGGACGGGGGUGGCUGGCCCAGCUUAAGGGACUUCCUUAGAAUUGGCACAUGCUUCCCCCCGGGCUUCCGGCGUGCCCUUAAACUGCGGCCUGGCUUCAGGCUUGUUAAGAAGAAGCUGUACUCUUCGGCGGCCGGUACUGUGGUGGAGGAAUGCUGAGCCAAUGAGAGAACAGGGAUGGGAGUUUUGAAGGCCAAGGCACAUGGAUCCAACGAACUCCAGCAUAUCUAUUAUUGGAACUCUGCUUUAGAAUGUAGGAAUAAACCAAAUAACCUGUGUGAAUGAAGAAGGGACAUUUUGUAGAACAGUGUCAAUGGACAACCAACAUUGUUGAACCUUCCAAUCACAUGUAAAAUGCACCAGCUCAGUGUCUGGUGUUUGUUGGGUUAAGUGUGUUCUGGCUUUAAGGGUACAAUGCACUUAAACACUUAUGAAUGUAUGUGAAUGUACAGGUCUGCCUGUGGAGCAACCCCUUUUUGUGCACUUUUUAUAUAAUAUUAAUGUAAACUAGUUGAGUGUUGUACAUGUUGAGUCUGGGGAUGCAUAAAUGGGACAUGGGGUAGUUGACAUGGUGGUGGGAGUUUACAGUAUUUGUAUAGAUUUUUCUGCAGCUUGUUUUGAGAGGCUGUGCCCAUAAUUGUGUGCCAUCUCACUAAAUGUGUAUUGGGAAUUUCCAGAUUUUUCUAGUAUGCAAUUUUGUUUACUCCAUUUGUUACCUGGUGUUUUUCCUGGUACACAGCAUUAAAACCCAACUUAUAAAGAACUUCAGCCAAAGGUGUUACCUUUUUUUCAACCGGGAUGGGGAGGGGGUGGGGCAUCACUACCAGUAGGGUGUAUUUGGCUGGGUGGGCAGGGACAUGUUUCUGAAUGUACUGUGCUUUCACAUAGUAUCUGCUUGUAAAAACAUGCUGCUAAGGCACAACACAUCUGACUUUUCCAAUGUGCCGCAAUGUUUAAAAAAUGUUUUUUUUUUUUUUUCCUAGUAAGCUGGUUAAGUGCUAGUUUAGUGCUUGACUGUAGAAUUUUUUAAUGUUUCAAAGACAUGUUCUGUCUGAUCAUAUUCAGCUUCAGUGCUGUUUCAGCAACUGGAUCUACUGUUUUAUAAAGUUCCUGUUACAGGAAGUGGAUAUUCUUGUCUAUUUGACAAUAAACUAUUUUGAAAAGGCCUUAA